AAUAAUCCAAUAAAACAAAGUACAAAAAGAAAAAAGCUUAGUUUAAUCCAAAGGAGAGAUUUAGUCAGCAUUGAGCGACAGUACAUAUAAGUUGUAGCAUUGAUUUGGAUGAAGAUUGAUAUGCUUCAUCAUCACUCUCCCAACCAUCUUUAAGGUUGGUUUUUUCCACUUAUUUUUCUUCCUUACAGAAACCAAACUUGUCACAACCUAGUUUUAGCAAUUUUUCUCUUAUUCCAGAAAUAAAGAAAUGGGCUCCAAAAGGGUCAUCCGCAGCGAGAGCAAAUUCAUCAGAUACAUGAAAGGCCCGAUCCGGGUUCUGGCCCGAGUCCGGGAUCUGUACGUGCAGAGCAUGAUGGGUUGCGGCGGCCACGUCAACUACGGCAACGCCAUGGGCUGCCCAACCCCACAAAUCCCGAGGCUGCCCAAAAGCUUCAGCUCAUCACACAUAAAUUACAAAACUGCAGAAGAGGAGUUGAGGGAGCUGAUAAGGCUCGCCUCCACCCGCAACCUCACGGGGAAAAUCGAGGCGGAGCUCCUCCGCUCGAAAAGGCCGCCGUCCCACGGAGUGACACGCAGCCACACGGUUGCCUUUGGGAGGAUCGACGAAGACAGGGCCGUUGAAUUUGGAGAUGAGGAAGACGUGGGGUUGCUGGGCGGGGGAGCCUAUCCGAGGAGCAGAAGUUACGCUGUUUUGAGAAGAAGUAAGGUAGCGUGAGUUCACGAUUUGGAGACAACUGAAACAGUCAAACAAUACAAGAAUUUGAACGGGCGUGAGUUCGUCAUUGUUGACUGUAUCUUGGCUUGAUUCACAUGUUAUAGUUUUAUCCAGGGGUAUCAUGAUAUAGGUUGGUUGUCUGAGUUUUAUUCAGUUCACAUUCAUAGUUUAUACGAGUUUUGAAGAAUGGGGAAGAAAGUAUAUGUAUAUAGGGAUUGAUUGUUUUGCAUCAGACACAUCAUAACUAAUGAACUUAGUUCAUAGUUUGGUAAUGAUUGUAAUAAAUUAUAAUGCUAAUUAAUGUAAUGUAAGAGAUGGCUUGUUUAGUCUUAGACUUGGGCAAUCUUAAAUUUACAUUACUUAUGAAUGAA